AUGAGGAACCUCAAGAAAUCCCAAGAAGCCGAUGCAGAUGAUUCGUCUUCAAUCAGUCGUCUACCAGAUGAAAUUAUCCUCCAAAUAUUAAACAAACUAAUCGAUUUGAAAACCCUAUGCUUUUGUUACCUGGUUUCCAAACGUUUCUCCUCGAUUGUACUUCAAGUCGAUGCCAUUACCAUUUCCUUCACUUCUCCUCUCGUAAAUCCUCCCAUUCCCGAUAAGAACACACUCAGUGAUGUUGCCCCGCUUCUGCCUAAACUUUAUUCGUAUUACGGUGAGUCCUUUGUAUCUGCCACUAACUUUUUGAGAAAGUUCAAAGGAGUGAAGUUCUUACGUAUCGAACCUCCGCCUUCCCAUCGCAUAGCCAUUGAUAACCGUUUUUUGGUCAAGUGGAAGGUUAAGUUCGGUUGCAGAGUCGAAUCGUUUAUAUUUCUGUCUCCGAAUUCAGUUUCCGAUAAGGAUGGAUUCUAUCUUUAUGGAAAUGGGGAUGAUGAAGAAGAUAUCGAGUUAACAAUUGAUUCGAUUAAGCAAAGACGUCAUAUUUCGUUUCAGUGUCUUCGGGAGGCGAAUCUGUGGCAUAUGAUGUUGUUGGACUGCGCUAAUGGUUUCCCAAAGCUGGAGGAUGUCUCUAUUACGGGUUCAGGGAGAAGAGAGAGGCUUUCUCUGAGUGGGGAAAAACUCAUUGAGGUGAAGGCAUGGUUACAUUCAGCUUCGAAAACUGAGUUAGCUCGUGUAGACGUUCUUACUCAAGUGAGUGAGUGUUACAUUCCUGUUUUGAAGUUGCCAGUUUCAGGGUAUGUGAUGAAGGGGGUAUUUGUUAUGGUAAUGGGGAUGCAUAAUCUCCAAGGUGGAAAUGAUUUUCUUAUGAACAGUGAAAAUGGUGGUUUUGAAGACAAAGAAGAGGCUGCAUUAUAUACUGAAGCUGUCCAGACUCUGAACCUCAUAACAAGUAAUGAAGCAAGUUGAAGUAACAACUAACAAGGGAAGGGAAGAUAUUAGGUUGAUUGGUAGAUAUUAAUCGAUAGAAAAAGAUAGAUAGAAUUUUUUAAACAUGGGGUUAUUUUUGAAGCAGAAUUAUCCCUAGAAAAGUAGUAACAUGUUUUGGUAUGUAAGUGAAACAAAUCACUACUACAUAACAUCUAUAUUUUGUAAAUCUAUAUAUAGUGAAGCUUGUU